AUGUCUGUUCGAGUCGUUGCAAGAAUACGGCCCCUUCUCGAGAAAGAGUGGGAUAAAGACACCAUCGUCACGGUUCAGAGCAGUGAAGAGGGAAAAAAGCCAAACAUCGUAAAGAUACCCAACCCCAAAAACGAGACGGAAGAGUUCUCCUUCGCCUUCAAUGGCGUCUACGACCAGCCUACAUCACAGGAGGAGCUAUUUACGGCAGAAGUUGCACCUCACCUAAAGGCUCUCUUCCAAGGUCUCGAUGUCACCAUAUUUGCUUACGGCGUCACUGGCACGGGCAAAACACACACGAUGCGAGGGGGGCUCAAGCUGGCGGAACGUGGGGUGAUUCCCAGGCUGCUCAGCGGUGUCUUCCGUAGGGGGAAGAAGAUCGCCAAAGACACGGGCGGGGAGACGGCGGUCGAGGUCGCGCUUUCGUACUACGAGAUCUACAAUGACAAGGUCUUUGACCUCCUGGAGCCCCCAGAUAAGCGGACGCCUUCCGGGCUGCCGCUACGGGAAAAGGAUGGCAAAACAAUUGUCGUGGGUCUCUCGGAGCGGUCCUGCCAGGACUUGAAGGACUUUGAGCGGCUGUAUAUCGAAGCCAACACCAACCGCGUGACGGCCUCGACGAAGCUCAACGCGCACAGCAGCAGGAGCCACGCCAUCCUCCGAGUCAAGGUCACCCAGACGACGGGAGACACGGUGCGGGAGAGCACGGCGUCGGCCAUCGACCUGGCCGGGUCUGAGGACAACCGGCGUACCGACAACGGCAAGGAGCGGCUCGUCGAGUCGGCGGCCAUCAACAAGAGCCUGUUUGUGCUCAGCCAGUGCAUCGACGCCAUCUCGCGCGGCGACAAGCGCAUCCCCUACCGCGAGUCCAAGAUGACGCGGAUCCUGUCGCUGGGCCAGAACAACGGCAUCACCAUCAUGAUCCUCAACCUCGCCCCGAUGCGCAGCUACCACCUCGACACCCUCAGCAGCCUCAACGUCAGCUCGCGCGCCAAGCGCAUCGAGGUCCGCGAGAUCGAGAACGAGGUCGUCUUCAAGCAGGCGCCGAGGGCGGCCAGCUCGUCCAUCGGCGGCGCCAGCAUCCAGCGCCAGCCCCUGCGGCCCCUCGCCAACGCGCACAACGUGCACACGGGCGCCGCCGCCCUCGCCGCCAGCAGGGCCGCCUCCACCUCGGACAAGCCCAUCAAGGCCUUCUCCGUGUACACGGACAGGACAAAGCCGCAGCCGCAGGCGGCGCCCCGCCGAUCCAACGCCGCCAAGCGGCCGCUGGACCCGGCAGCUGAUUCGCAGGCCGGCGGCGGGCGCGCCUCCAAGCUGGCCAGGCCGACGCACCAGCCCCUGGUCCGCGUCCAGCCGCAGCAGCAGCAGCAGCCGUCCAUCUCGGCGGCGCAGAUCGAAGCCAUGGUCGAGCGCAAGGUAGCCGAGAUCCUCGCCUCCCGCACCGCCACCGCGGCCGCGGCCGCCCCUGCCCCUGCCCAGAUAAGCGACGAGGUGCAGCGGCGCCUGGAGGCGCUGGAGCGGCGGAUCAACGAGGAGGAGGAGCGCGGCCGGUCCCAGCAGCAGCAGUACAGGUCCGGGGACGGGCGGUCCGACGGCCUGCGGCUCCUGCUGCAGGCGCGGCAGGCCAAGGAGCGCGGCGACGAGGCGGGCGCGCUGGCGCUAUACGAGGCGGCGCUGCCGUUCUUCCCGGGGCAGGCGAAGCUGGUGGGGAAGAUUGAGAGGCUGAGGGCGAGGGUGGGCGGGGGCGGGCCCGCUGCGGUGGGAAAGAAGACUGCUGCUGCUACUUCGUCGAGUCGGGACGUCGACGAUGAAGACGAGUACCGCGACGAUGGCGGCGAGGCGGACGUCGAUGAUGAUGAUGAUGACGUCCCGCGGGCCAGGGUCAAGGCUGGGCGUAAGACACGCAAGACACCCGCCACCGUCUGCUUCGGCGAACUCGGCGCGCCGCCGCCUACCCCGCGCACAAAGAAGCUGCUCGAUAUCGUCAACUCGCGCGACCUGGCGCUCAUCAGGGGCCUGCGCGGGUUCGGGGCCAAGAAGGCACAUGACCUCGUCGAGCUGCUCGCGCUUAAGGGCGAGGGUGGUGACGGGUGCGAUUGCAUUGAGACGCUGGCACAGUUGAGGCUUGUGCCUGGUAUGGGGGGUCGCACGGUUGAUAGGGCGUAUGAGGGGCUGGUGGAUGCUCAGGGUGUGUGA